AUGAGCUCACGGCCCGAGGCCAAGGCUAAUGGCAGGACACGCAAGAAGCAGCGGUUUUAUCCGCUGGCCCCAGAGCCAAAGGCCAAACGAGCCCGACCCGAGAAUCCAUCGUUGGGCCUGGAGGCACUUCUGGCUGGGCCGUCUUGCUGGACCUCCGAUGCCGCAGAGGCUUUGGUGGCCUUCGGCCAGAUGGCCAGCUUGGCCAUCGAAGAGGUCCCCAAUCUGCAGGAGAUGUGGACCGCCUUGGAGGCUGUGGGCAGCAGCCUCUCCUCUGAUGCCGGUGAAGCAGCGCUGAGGCGUCUGCCGGAUCUGCUGGGUGCUGCUGCUGUGGACGGCGCCAGCGAGGGCUUGCGCUCGCACUUGGAGAAAGGGGGAGCCAUCGAGGCCUUGCCACUUCCCACCCGGGCACAGGGCAACGGCUCGACAUCCUCCGAGGCGUUCCGAUGGCUCCAUGAACGUGUUGAAGCCGAGCUGGACGCCGCCAUCCAAGGAAAGCGAGACAUUCCGUCCCUCCAGUGGUUGGCAACCGUGGCGAUGUUCUACGGCCGGCUGCGGCCAGGGCCGCCUUUGCCGCGCAAUGUCUUGGAGGACUCCGCAGACCUGGCCUUGAAAGCCGUCGAGACGUCCGUCUUGGAGGGCACGCCUAUGGCCAGAGCCGCAAAAUCAAGGCCUCUGGAUGCUGGCCAACUGCUUUUGCGGAAGAUCCAGAGUGGCCAGGCCAGCCCGGAGCUGCUGGCAGGAGUCGCAGGUGCACUCCAUGGUCCGACACCAAUUCUCACCGGAGACAAGGAGCGCACGGUUCUUUUACGAGGUCUGGCGAACGCGGUGCAAUGGCAGCUGGCGGUUUCUUUGCUUCGCUCUGCUCAGACCCAAAGACUGGACAGCGCCAAUGUGGUGCACUGCAACACGGUGCUGAGCGCAUGCCAGAAGGCGUUGUGGCCGGUUGGACACCAGUUACUUCACACCGCCACGGAAAAGAAGCUGCAGCCUGACACCAUCAGCUUCAACACGCUCAUGGCAUCCGAGAGCUGGCUCUGUGCCCUUGGCGGGCUCCUGCAGUUGGCAAACGAAGGCAUUACGAUGGACCUCAUCAGCUGCAACACUGCCUUGAGCAGCUGUGAAAGAUGUAGCAGGUGGAAAGAAGCGGUGCACGUCUUUGAAGAGAACGAUUCUUUCUCCGGGGGCAGUCUAACCUUCGACAUCAUCACUUUCAGCACUCUCAUCAGCUCCUGGGACGAAUCUGGUCACUGGCAGCAAGCACUGCAGCUUUUGGAAGAUCUUCCUUCGAGAAGCUUGCGGCUGGAUCUCACAGCCCUGAACGCCGCGCUUGGAUCCAGCGCUUGGGUCGUUGCGGUGGAGAUCCUUCAGAGCUCAGGUCAGGCAGCGCUGCAGACCGAUGAAAUCUCAUGCAACUCAGUGACGAGCUGUUGCGAGAAGUCUUCUCGCUGGCUUCCAGCUCUACAACUACUGCGUGCAGCAGGCGGCUCACUGCUGCGUCUAGCCGAGAAUGGCUAUCAUGCCGCGAUCAGCGCCUGUGAGAAGGCGCGCCGAUGGGAAGUUUCUCUGGACAUCACAGAGAUUUUGGCGACGUCCGGCCUGGAUCGCAGUAUCUUCGCAUCCGCUGCCAGCAUCAGUGCUUGCGAGAAGGGCAAGCAGUGGCGAGAAGCCCUUGAAGUUUUCGCGCUGGCCGCCGAGCGAUUGCUUGAGCUCAACGCCGUUGCAUGGAGUGCAUUGGUGAGCUCCUGCGAGAAGAUUGGACACUGGAUGCUUGCAGUGUCCAUGCUGUCCGAGAUGUUCUCAACGCAGCUGCCACCGAGCUGCGUAACCUGCAAUGCUGCCAUCAGUGCCUGCGAGGGUGCCCUGCAGUGGCAGCUCGCUGUGUGGGGCCUGCGUGCCAUUCACAUGCUGCGCCUUUCGCCGGACGUCAUUUCCUGGAAUGCUGCUGCGAGUGCCUGUGAGAAACGAUCUGCGUGGUCACAGGUCUUGAAGAUCUUGACGGACUUGUCCGGCCGUGGUCAGACGUCGGACGGCAUCACCCGCAGUGCCGCGACCUUUGCCUGCGACCGCGCGAGCCGGUGGCAGCACGUGCUGGACCUCGCCGCCGAGAUGGCCCGGAGCCAGCUGGAGCUGGAUGUGAUUCUCCACCAGGCGAGGCUUCGGGCAUGUCUCCGAACGUCUUCAAGCCCUCGGCCAGCGAAGGAUCUGUUUGAUGAAAUUGCUGCCACUGGGAUCUCCUCGCUGCGGGACGUGAUGGCUGAGCAGCUGACGAAGCUGAGCCGAGUAGCACUGGGGGCAGCUCUGAGUGGCACACUCGGCUGCCACCCCAUCUAUGGCCGGGUUGCAUCGGCAGCAGCAGCCGCCCUGGAUGGUGGCAAGGCCAGUACUCGCCUGUCCUCCAGCACCAUCCAUGAUGUUUCACUGACAUUGGCGCUGCUGCAGCCUUGGAACGUGGAGACGGAGGAGCAUGUGGCGCGAUUUCGCAGUUCUGUUGCAAAGAACGUGCUGCCCAAAUCCGAGUCUGCCCCUGCGGAAUCAGAGGUGGUCUUUCUCGGCGGCUCCUCUGUGGCCGGGCUGCGUAAUGGUGAGCCCAAAGAGAACCAGGACACCUUCCACGCGCAGGUGGAUGGAAGUGUGGCUACCAUAGCUGUGGUGGAUGGUCACGGGAAGCGCGGCCAGACCUUAUCUGCUGCCGCGCGAGACGGAAUCGCCAAAGCGCUUGCGGAGCUCAAGGGCGGCGCGGGCAUGUCAGAAGAACUGGCCGAGGUCAUCAUGACCGUGGAUGCGGAUCUGUUGAUCCACGAGAAGGCUGAGGUGGAAGCAGAGCUCUCCGGCGCGACCUGUGCCGUGCUGAGGGUCGAGGGCUUGGGCCACGCCGAGCGCAGGCUGGCCUUGGCUCACCUGGGGGACUGCCGUGCAGUCUUGGGUCGUGUGCGACCCACCAACGGCACCGGGUCGCCCACCUGGACCACAGUUCGGCUCACAGAAGACCACCGGCCAGGGGAGGCUGCGGAGGCCGCCCGGCUCGUGGCGGCUGGCGGUCGCGUGCAGAAGAUGCCGGGGCCAGCGGGCGUGGAUCCCGCCAUGCUGGGGCCUCCCAGGCUCUGGCAUCGGCUCAAGGGCCAAGCGCCCGGCCUGGCCAUGAGCCGCGGACUGGGUGACACCCUGGGCAAGGCCUGCGGCUUAUCGCCCGAGGCAACUGCGCACGAAAUGAUGCUGGUGCCGAAGGAGGAUGUGGUCUUGGUGGUUGGCUCGGACGGAGUCUUUGAUGUGCUGUCCGAUGCCGAGGUUCUGCAUUGCUGCCGGCAGUUCAUCGACAGCCAGGAAGCGACGAAGGCUGCGGAAGUCGUGACCGCUUCGGCCCGCAGGGUAUGGCAACAAAGAGCUUCUUUCGCACAGGCAAAAGCGAAGCUGGCCGAGUGGGAGGCUUUGCCGGCCGAGCGGAAGCGAGGAUGUGUCAGCCUCGCAGUAUUGGUUCACAACGCCUCGGUGCGACGAAUUCUGGUCAAGCCGAGGCUGGUGAGCCACAUCAGCGGCCAGGACGACUCGGGUGGGGAUUGGACUCAAGCGCUUGACCAUCACCCGCUCGGCAACGUCAUGAAAAAGGCCUUUGGCAGCUACAGCAAGAAGGACGACAGCUCUUUGGUCAUCGCGCCGCAGAGACUAGCCGUGGUGCCUCUACCACCAAAGCCAGACAUGAACUGGGGCUGGAAAGGACAUUUUGCGUACGGCGAUACCAAGGUCGGGGACUGCGCGUUCCGAGAAGGAGGCGUUUUCAGCUUCAUCAGUGUUGACUGUGGCCUCCGCGUCGGCGACCGAGAGGGCGAUAGCCGAGUCACUUCGGACGUGAAGUGCGAGGAUGAGGACCUCCAAGCCAAGCUGGGAGGCGAAGUUGCGAGCAACAACUCGGACAUCCUGGACGAGCAGAAAUCUGACGAACCGACUACGACACUGGAGGUAUCAAACUGCACGGAUGAGCCCGUGCAAGUGAAGAUUUUCGAGCCGGGUCAUAGCAAUGCUGCUGCGCGUCUCUUCCGCAGUGCCAUGGCAGAGGGUACGAUCAGUCCUGCGACGAACCGCGUCUUCACCUUGAAGGCAUCUAAGGACAAAAGCGAUACCGACCUGGAUGUGGAGAUCCGCAUUGGCAACAAGAAGGCUAAAUGCGAGGUCGUCGGCGACCAGGUGAUUUUCGUCGAUGGUCUCAUGGGUGACAACUGA